GUCACUCUGGCCCAUUUCAUGCUCUCACUUAAAUUCGAAAAUUUCGAUACAAAAUGCCCCAAGGCAGCCCAAGUCAUAAAUAAUGGCAAUACUGUGGACACAACUCUCUCCAAUGAGUGUCCCAAGCCACAAAUCACUGGAGGCCCUUUGCCGCAUGGCAACAAAUUCGUAGCAGAAAGCUUUCACUUCCAUUGGGGCUCGAAGAACAUUCAUGGCUCGGAGCAUAUCGUCAACAACAAACGCCAUGCCAUGGAAGCUCAUAUUGUGCAUCGUAAUGGCAAAUAUGCCACAGUGGCGGAGGCUCGAAAACAUAGCGAUGGCUUGGCGGUAUUGGGCAUCUUCUAUGAUGUGGAUAAAAACUCUAAUAAAGCCUUGCCGGGACUACAACGCAUCGUCAAAACUCUGCAAUCUGUUGAAAACUUCAACUUUACCGCUAAAUUAAGAGAUGUCAGACUCAACGAUUUAUUGGGCAAUAUUAACACUCAACAUUUUUACACCUAUCAGGGAUCACUGACCACCCCACCGUGCUCACAAGCAGUCACCUGGAUCCUAUUUCCCAAAGUGUUGCCCAUUAGCAAUGCUCAAAUGAAAACAUUUCGCCUAUUGAAAAAUGCUCAAGGUGGAGCUCUGGUAAAUAAUUAUCGCUUUCUGCAGCCAAAGGGUAAACGAGAGGUGUACUUUGGAGCAACUAAUUUGACUAUGCAAGUUAACGAUAAUGUAGGUUAAGUGAUUUUUGCAUAGCAAUACUUUUAAGAAGCAGAAAAAA